AUGUCCGGGUUGACCCUCGGGCGAGGCCCUGGGGGCGUGCGACCGACUCAAACCGCAACCACCUUUACCACCCACCACUCGUCCGCCGAUGCUGACCGCUCCAACAACAUCCCUCCUACCUCCUCGCAGUUGUCCGAUGACUUUUCUUUCGGCUCCCCUAUCAGCCCCGCCGACUCGCAGGCCCAUGAAGGCCUACUUCAAGACUCGCUCUUCCCCGAAUGGGGGUCCGGUGCGCCUCGGCCUGGCAUCGACAGUCCAGAUGAGAUGCAGAGGCAAGAUCCGUUGGCGACUCAAAUAUGGAGGCUCUAUUCUAGGACCAAGGCCCAGUUGCCCAACCAGGAGCGUAUGGAAAACCUCACCUGGCGGAUGAUGGCGAUGAGUUUGAAACGCAAGGAGCGGGAACGUGCUCAACAGUCCAUGUUUCCUGUGAGACCCGGGAGCGCUGGCCCCAGUGGGAUCGCUCAACUACGCAUUUCCGACCCGCCCGUUGCCACUGGUAACCCUCACUCGGCCGACCUGACCGCCGACCCGAUGAACCUCGACGAUUUUAUCGUGCCCUUCGAAUCUCCUUCGGACCACCCCUCGCCCAUUGCCACCAAGCACACCGACUCCACGGCGUCCGCGGCCAUUCCCAUCAAAUCCCGGAAAGACCAACUGAGAGAUUCGACCCCGGUGCCGGCCUCAUUCCACCACCCGGCACAAGAUCAGCGGAAGAACAGUGAAUUCGGCUACGUCCCCCGUCGCGUGCGCAAGACGAGUAUCGACGAGCGUCAGUUUUUCUCGCUGCAGGUGCCGACCCGGAAGCGACCGGCCGAAUCCUCGCCGCAGGUGCCGCCCGUGUCCAACUCCAUGUUGGCCCACGAUCCGGAGCUCGCCACCGGCGUGCCCGAUUAUGCUUUGGAUCCGCCGUCCUCGGCCUUUGGCUUUCACCAGGGCAACCACCAGCAGAUCAAUCACCAUAACCACACCUCCCCCGGGGCGCCGUUUGGCUUGGAUACGUUCGGCCUGGGAGACGAUCCGAUCUUGCCCUCGGCGGGCCCCUACCAAUCGCAAUUCACCUUCUCCCCCAGCGAGUCUCCGAUGGCCUCGGGCCAUCCGUUCGCGAACCUCUAUUCGCAUACCCCAGUGGCGUCAUCCCUCAACUCAACGGAUUUCUUCUCCCCACCACCAUCGGGCUACCAGUCGACGGCGUCCACCCCGCAGCCCGCCUACGAUGGGGACCAUUCCAUUUACUUCGAUAUGCCGUCCGGCGACGCGCGCACCCAACGCCGCAUUCCGAACUAUGUUUCGCAUCGGUCCAACUUGUCCGCUUCGCUGCAGCCUCGGUAUAUGUUCAACCAGAACAACCAUGAGCAGCCCAGCUCGUCCGCAGUGCAAUCGCCGAGCUACCCCAUUCCCCAACCGCAACAUGUCGAUCCCACCCAGGUGUUGAACGCCACCAAUUACUCAACCGGCAAUUCCCAUGGUGGCCCCAUGUUCUCCUUUGGAGCCGAUUCGGAUAACGAGGAUGAUGAUGGCCAUCAGCUGUCGGAGCGGGCUGGUCUGGCGAUGCCGACGGAAUUUGGAGACGAGAAUGACGGAUUCUCGUCGGGCAUGCAGUGGGAUGGGCAGUUCCCGGGCUCCUUCCACUCGCUGCCGGGCUUUGGCCCCCAGCAUCGCAAGCAUGUGACCAUUGGGUCCACGGACAUGAUGGACACCCCCGAGGAGUGGAAUCAUGGUGGCAGUUUGGGUCGCACUCAUGGGUCGGUGGCUUCGGUCAGUGAGGUGCGCAACCGAGAGCAGGACCCUCGUCGGCAGAAGAUUGCCCGCACCACGUCCACCCCCAACACGGCCCAGCUGCUGCGCCAAAGCAUGAACUCUAAUAACAAUACGUCCCAUACGUCUCCCAAUACCCCACCGGAGUCCGGACUGAGCAGCGCCGUUCCGUCUCGCCCGGCCAGUCCUGGGGGCAGCAAGAACGGUGAUCAGGGUAGCAACGGACCUACCACCUGCACGAACUGUUUCACCCAAACGACUCCGCUGUGGCGUCGGAAUCCGGAGGGCCAGCCACUCUGCAAUGCCUGCGGUUUGUUUUUGAAACUGCACGGUGUCGUGCGUCCACUGUCCCUGAAAACGGACGUCAUCAAGAAGCGUAACCGCAGCAGUGCCAACAGCUUGGCGGUCGGCACAUCCCGUGCGUCGAAGAAGACGGCCCGCAAGAACUCGGUGCAGCAGGCAUCCGUCACGACUCCAACGUCGAGCCGCGCUCAGAACGGGACUUCCUCGGAAUCCCCUCCCGCCGGCUUUAGUGCUGCCGCGGGGCGGUCGAAUGGGGUGGUACCCAUUGCCGCCGCUCCUCCGAAGGCAGCUCCCUCCGCAGCCGCCUCCCCUGGCACGGGCCAGACGCGCAACCCGGUCCCGGCCGCCCCGAAACGUCAACGACGGCUGGAAAAAGCCUCGGAGAUGGACAUGGACGAGGCUAACAAGUCUGCGGGCGGCCGAUCCAAGGUGGUACCGCUGGCGCCCGCCAUGCCACCGGCGGCAGCCAAUCCGGCGAACCAUAGCAUUGCUGGAGGCCAGGGAGCUAGUCAGGAAUGGGAGUGGUUGACCAUGAGUCUGUAA